UCCGGAGCCCGGAGCCGUCCCGGCGCCCGCGAUCUCGCGAUCCUGCUGAGCGCCGCCGUUUCUUCUCUUCCUGGGUCGUGUGUGUCCGACGCUGCGCGCUCUGUCCGUGCGGGUGGGCGCCGCACUUGAGUGGCUCGGCCGGGAGCGGGCCGCGUGCUCGGGGAGAGCACCGUGGACUGGAGAGUGGCGCACAGCAUGGCGGAAAACCGAGAGCCCCGCGGGACCGUCGAGGCUGAGCUGGACCCGGUGGAGUAUACCCUUCGGAAGCGGCUCCCCCACCGCCUGCCCCGGAGGCCCAAUGACAUUUAUGUCAACAUGAAGACUGACUUUAAGGCCCAGCUGGCCCGCUGCCAGAAGCUGCUGGACGGAGGGGCUCGGGGUCAGAACUCGUGCAGUGAGAUCUACAUUCAUGGCCUGGGCCUGGCCAUCAACCGUGCCAUCAACAUUGCCUUACAGCUGCAGGCGGGCAGUUUCGGGUCCUUGCAGGUGGCUGCCAAUACCUCCACCGUGGAGCUGGUCGAUGAGCUGGAACCAGAGACUGAUGCCCGAGAGCCUCUGACCCGCAUCCGCAACAACUCGGCCAUCCACAUCCGGGUCUUCAGGGUUGCCCCCAAGUAAUGGAAAUGAGGAUGGCCACCUUACCCGCCCACCCCCACAUAACUAGGCUCAGAUAUGGCUCUUCUUGUACAGAGGACUCUGAAUUGAGAGGGAGAGUAUUGUCUCUUGUUGGGCCCAAGCAGUGGGUCUUCCCAGUCUUUGUGGUCUGUAACCAUCGUCCUAGGCAAUAAAAACUACCAAUUUUGUUAGCAUGCAGCCACCCCACUGCCA